AUGGUGGAUCAAUUGCGCAGGAAUGAGAGUGAUACGAACUUAUUACGGGUUUUCUCCGGACACGAUGUUACACUGCGUCCGUUGCUUUUCGCGUUGGGUAUCGCACAUCGUGAACCUCCGCCAUACACAUCUAGACUGAUUUUUGAGAUUUACGAAAAGAAGUAUUCAAAUAUGAAGCAGCCAGUGACCCAAUCAGCUGACGGCAAGUCAAAAUUCUUUGUUCGUUUCAUUUACAAUGGUGUGGAUCAAACGAGGAGAGUUUCAUUUUGCUACAAAAAAUUUUCGUUAGCAAAAUCACGAAAAUAUUGUGAUGGGCGAUUGCUGAAAGAGUUCGUUAACGAUGGAUUAUUCAAAAUUGCUCGAGCCAGUUCUCUUAAUCAACUCUGUGAUGACUGA